AUGCAAGUGCUCUACACGGGUGACCGAGGGGAGCGUGGCCCUGUGGGCCCCCCAGGAGAGCAGGGAAAAGUGGGACCAAAGGGAGAGCAGGGUCCACCAGGAAUCCCAGGACCCCAAGGUUUGCCAGGAGUCAAAGGAGACAAGGGCUCCCCAGGGAAAACUGGCCCCAAAGGCAGCACUGGAGACCCUGGUGUCCAUGGCCUGGCAGGGCUGAAGGGAGAGAAGGGGGAAUCAGGAGAGCCAGGGCCGAAGGGACAGCAAGGCAUCCAGGGGGAGCUUGGCUUCCCUGGCCCCUCAGGGGAUGCUGGAGCACCAGGGGUGAGAGGCUACCCAGGCCCCCCGGGGCCCCGCGGGCUGGUCGGGGAGCGCGGCGUGCCAGGGAUGCCCGGCCAGAGGGGUGUGGCGGGCCGGGAUGCUGGGGACCAGCACAUCGUGGACGUGGUCCUGAAGAUGCUGCAAGAGCAGCUGGCUGAGGUGGCUGUCAGUGCCAAGAGAGCUGCCCUGGGUGGAGUGGGUGCCAUGGGACCCCCUGGACCACCUGGUCCUCCAGGGCCACCCGGUGAGCAAGGCCCACACGGACCCAUGGGACCUCGAGGUGUCCCUGGCAUCCUGGGUGCUGCUGGGCAGAUUGGCAACGUAGGACCUAAAGGGAAACGAGGUGAGAAGGGGGAGAGAGGAGAGGUUGGACGUGGCCACCCAGGCAUGCCAGGGCCCCCAGGGAUCCCAGGUCUCCCUGGCAUCCCUGGGCACGCUCUGGAUGGCAAGGCUGGUGAGAGGGGCUUGCCAGGCUCCCCAGGUGAGGCUGGCCGCCCAGGUUUGCCCGGUCCUGCCGGUUUGCCAGGCUUCUGUGACCCAGCAGCCUGCCUGGCAGCCUCGGCGUACGCUGCCGGGCGCCUGAGCGAGCCAGGGGCUGUCAAAGGACCAAUCUACUGA